AUGAACAAAGAAGAGGGUUUGAUACCUAAAUUUAUACAACUAAAGUUAAUCCAAUUACUCGAUUGUCAAAAGUUAUUUUACAACUAUUGCGUUGUAACAAAAGAGUUACAGUUUGGUUCUUUUUCUUUUAAACCUAUUGAUCAGUACAUCAAUAAUCGGUCACAACAAUUAAAAAGUAAAACAAAUCAAACUUAUUCAAUCGUCGACGAAGAAGAAGAAGAAGAAGAAGAAGAAGAAGAAGAUUUUAUAGUUAAACAACAUAAAAAUAAUAAUAAUGUACUUGGAUAUGCAUUGGUUUCAAAGUAUUGGUUUAGAAUGGUUCAAAGAGAGGUAUCGAGAUUGUUAGUCAUUUCAGGUAACAACUGUCCUUUUGGAUCAUACGAAUGCAUUCCAGACAUUGAUAGCUUCUUGAUUGACAAAUCAAUGUUUUAUCGUGCCUUUGAUUGGCUCAAGAUUGAAAGACCCAACCAUAUUGUCAAUGUAGAAAUGGUCAGCCAUUUGGUGAUUGUUGAAUCAAUGGAUUUUGUUGUUAACGCAAAAGAUUGGACUCCUUUAUUCAUCUCGUUACAACAAAUAACAGUCGCCUGUUCCCCAAGUUCAAUGUUGGGCUUUAUCAAGUCCAAAACUAUUGAACAAUGGAAAAACAUGUCCCUUGGAGUAGACUUUAUUCUAGACAACAGGUCCUUCUCUGAUCGAUUCUUUUUACAAAACAAAGUAGAUCAAGAUAUUCGUCAAGUCAUCCUCGACGGUGUUCAAGGAAUAGAGAACUGGAUCAAUUUCUUACACAUCACCAAAAUAGACAUUUGCCUUGCGUCGCACAAGGCUCACCAAGAGUAUGGUAAUGCAUUCAAAAAUAUUUCCACACUCGAAAGUCUUUGUAUUAGAAACGACUAUGUAGAUAUUGGUGAUGUUAAUCAGAUACUUUGCAUUCCUACCAUCAAUACUCUCCAUAUCGAAAUGCCAUUCCAUUUCAUUUCUUCUUGUGCCUUGGGUGCAACUUUUCAUAGUGGAUGUCGUCUCUCUUACAAAAUCUCCGAUCAUAGAACCGAUAGAAAUCAACUUAUUCUAGAUAUAGAACUUUUUUGUAAAUUGAUACGAGAAAACAAAACUAUCACUAGUUUAAUGGUCCAGGAUGUUUGCCGCCGCAACCAUGAUCAUUUCCAAUCAGUAUAUACUUCAAGUCAACAAAUCCAUCAAACAUUUGACAAUAUCCAAUACCGAUGUAAUAACAGAGCAAUUCUACCAAUCACUUGCAACUGCAAGUAUCUCCUCUUUGGAAAUUUUCUUUCACCUCGAUCAUUCUGGCCCAUCACGAGAAACCCAGUAUUGUGA